CAUCAUUCAAUCAAUUCCAUUUGAAAACUAUUAUAUUUACUUACACUUAUUUAUUGAUAUUCCACUUUAUUCAGUGUUUUUAUCCACUAUUUAUGUCUAAUAUCAACACAAUGAGCCGUAAAGGGCCAGUCUUCGACCCUGGCCUCUGCCGUUGUUGCGGUGGUCUGAAGAAAUGUCGUUUGUUAAAUGUAGAAUACGAAUGGUCGGGACAAAAGGAAGUCUAUUCAGAUAUGUUCGUGGAUUGUUUUGGAUUAUUGCUGUCCCACCUGGAUGGAGAGGCAAUGGACCGUCUCAUAUGUGCUACAUGUGUCACUCGGCUGAGAGAGGCCUGCUCCUUCAGGAAGCAGGUGCUCUGUUGCGAGCAGAAGUUAUUACAGACACAAAUACACAUACAUGGAGAGACAGAAGAGAAAAUCAACACUGAUGCAUUUGUAAAGGUGGAAAUGAAUGAUGUGAACCCUGAACCAAUAGAAGAUAGUGUCAUGGACGACGUAGCUGAUCACAUAGACAAUGACGGAGACAGUGUCAAGAGUGAGCCACAAACAAAACCAAAGAAAUUGACAAAGUUGAAAAAGAAGAAAGAAAAGAAGGGAACAAAGAGGAAAUCCAAAAAGUCCCUCCAGAACGGUGAGGAGCAGCUGGCCAGAGAGGACGUGCUGCAGAAGAUUGCCAAGAUGAGCGAGAAAUUGAGGAAGAUGGCGGAAAUUAACGGUCCGCAGCCAAAACCGAAGCGCACCGUCGACAAUGACCACAAAACCUUCCACAACACCGUGGCGAUCGUGGAGAACUCCUACGUGUGCCCAUUCGACACGUCCUUCAGUGACUACUACUGCGUGUACUGCAGAGAAGUGUUCACCGAUCCCUGCAGGCUGCGGGAGCACACGUCCACCCACGACCCGACCACGUUCAAGACGUCCGUGCCAAACAAAAAGUUGCCUCAACUCGAUAUACACAGGGUCGACUGUCGAUUGUGCAGUGCGCCCAUAGACAAUAUAGAAAACCUCAAAGAGCACCUGUCAGGGAGUCACGGUGUUCAACUGUACCCCAUAAACAAUGAGUUUCUAACGUUCAAAUUGACCGUGAAUAACCUGACGUGUUUAGAAUGUGAGGCUACCUUCAGUUUCUUUCACGCUUUAAGGAAACACAUGGCGGAACAUUUCGGCACGUGCAUAUGCGAUAUCUGUGGCGCACAUUACUUCGAGGAGAGGAUGCUGAUGCUGCACCAGCGGUCGCACCAGCGGGUGGAGGAGAACUACCCGUGCAAGGAGUGCGGGAAGAGUUUCAAGUCGAAACAUAGCCGGUACCUGCAUAUAGCGAGGAUGCACAAGAAGGAGCCGGCCUACCAGUGCAACAAAUGCGACGAAAUACUGUUCUCUUAUUCAUUAAGAUACAGGCACAUGAUCGAAGUACACGGGGAACAGCGUAUGUACCCGUGCGAGCACUGCGACCGCGCAUACGACAGCCGGAAGUCCCUCAGGGAGCACAAUAGGCGGUUCCACCUGAAGAUCUUCAAGCACCAAUGCGAUUUAUGCGAAAAGAGAUUCUACCUGCCGUCCAGACUGAAGGAGCACAUUGCAACGCACACCGGCGAGAGGAACUUCAGGUGUGAAUACUGCGGCAAGAGCUAUCCGAGACUCCGCGGCCUCAAAGUCCACAUGCAGUCUCACAGCUCGGAGAAGAAGUACAAAUGUAUGAUGUGCAACGCUUCGUUCACGCAGAACGUCAACCUGAAGAAUCAUAUGAAGAGGCAGCACCAGAGCCUGGACGCCGAGGAGGGUUACCACGAGGGGGCGUAGCGGGAAUUAUCAAUCAAGAACACACCAGGAGAUAACUCUAACCGCCGCCCAUAGACAACAGAACUACGGACGUUUAGAAAAAGAAUUGUGUAAAUAAAUAUUACAAAUAGUAAUCAGCCAGCAAGAUUUUAUUUUAUGAGUAUUUAUUGUUUAAGAUUUAUUUAUUUUACUCUGUAUGUAUCCAAUUUGUUUUAAUAAAUAUUUCUUCCUCAAACAUUCUUGGAAAUGUGAGCAUUGUUUUGACAAUCUUCUUAGAAAUAAUAUCAAAAUUGCCGUACUGGCCAGAUACAUGCGGGCAGCGGCCGGCAAAAGUUGUAUGAAAAUACAUAUCUGUCGUGUUUUGCGGCCAGAUAAAUUACUAUGUAAACUCAUAUCUGUUCUGUAAUUUAAAAAUGGAAUGUCCUUUUACUUCGAAACAUGGCUGCCAUUAAACUUCAAAAGUAAAA